AUGGUUAAAUUUGAGGAGGAUGAUCCGCGAGAGGGCGUUCGGUUACUCAAACGGACAAAGCAAGGGUUAAGCGAGGCUAACGAGUGUUCCGAAAGAGGAACAAAGGAGACGGGAACGCGGGUUAGAGCGUUAUGUAAGCUGCCAUUGCUGAUGAAAGAGGGGAACGUGUAUCGAUGGACUACGAAUGAUAUCCCUGUGAUGGGAAUGGCAAAAU